GAGGGAGGGAGGAGAAGGAAGAGGAAGAGAAGACGACGACGACCGGAGCCCACGCCGCCGCCGUCGCUCCGGCCUUCCGUCUCCCCGGGGGGAGGCCGACCUGCCGCGGGAGCCCCGUUUGAUCUGUGGAUGAAAUGAAUCAUGAUUUUCAAGCUCUUGCAUUAGAAUCUCGGGGAAUGGGAGAGCUCCUACCUACCAAAAAGUUUUGGGAACCUGAUGAUUCGACAAAAGAUGGACAAAAAGGCAUAUUUCUUGGGGAUGACGAAUGGAGAGAGACUGCAUGGGGAACUUCUCACCAUUCUAUGUCCCAGCCUAUUAUGGUCCAGAGAAGACCCGGACAAGGUUUUCAUGGAAACAGUGAAGUGAACGCUAUACUGUCUCCUCGCUCGGAAAGUGGAGGCCUUGGAGUGAGCAUGGUAGAAUAUGUGUUAAGUUCCUCUCCUGCAGACAAAUUGGAUUCUCGAUUUAGGAAAGGAGCUUUUGGCACUAGAGAUGCUGAAACAGAUGGACCUGAGAAAGGCGAUCAAAAAGGCAAGGCUUCUCCAUUUGAGGAGGACAAAAACAGAGAUCUUAAACAAGGAGAUGAUGAUGAUGUUUCUAAAAUAAAUGGCAGAGGUUUGCCAAAUGGAAUGGAUGCCGAUUGCAAAGAUUUUAAUCGUACCCCUGGAAGCCGUCAAGCCUCUCCCACUGAAGUAGCUGAGCGCCUGGGCCCGAAUUCUAAUCCUCCAGAAGGGCUAGGCCCCCUGUCCAAUCCUGCGGCGAACAAGCCCCUGGUGGAAGAAUUUCCUAAUCCCGAAACCCCAAAUCUGGAUGCCAUGGAACAAGUCGGUCUGGAUUCCUUACAGUUUGACUAUCCUGGGAAUCAGGUCCCGAUGGACUCUUCGGGAGCCACUGUAGGGCUUUUGGACUACAGUUCCCAGCAGCAGCUCUUUCAGCGGUCGAAUGCUCUAACAGUCCAACAGUUAACUGCAGCCCAGCAGCAGCAGUACGCAUUAGCUGCCGCCCAGCAACCCCACAUAGCAGGUGUGUUUUCAGCAGGCCUGGCUCCAGCUGCAUUUGUGCCAAACCCAUAUAUUAUCAGCGCGGCUCCUCCAGGAACUGAUCCGUACACUGCAGCAGGAUUGGCUGCAGCAGCGACGUUAGCAGGUCCUGCUGUAGUUCCUCCUCAGUAUUACGGUGUUCCCUGGGGGGUGUAUCCAGCCAACUUGUUUCAACAGCAGGCUGCAGCAGCAGCAAACAGUACAGCAAAUCAGCAGGCAGCCUCGCAAGCACAACAGGGACAGCAACAGGUUCUGCGUGCUGGAGCCAGUCAGCGUCCUCUUACUCCCAAUCAGGGUCAGCAAGGGCAACAAGCAGAAUCACUUGCAGCAGCUGCCGCAGCAAAUCCAGCUUUGGCUUUUGGUCAGGGCCUUGCUACAGGCAUGCCAGGCUAUCAAGUGCUAGCCCCCACCGCCUAUUACGAUCAGACUGGUGCCUUAGUGGUAGGCCCUGGGGCGAGAACGGGCCUUGGAGCGCCAGUCCGAUUAGUGGCUUCAACCCCUGUUCUCAUCAGCUCAGCAGCUGCACAAGCCGCAGCUUCAGCCGGAGGAACGGCCAACAGUCUCACCGGAGCCACAAAUGGCCUCUUCCGGCCGCUGGGCCAGCCGCCGCCACCCCCGCCGCAGCAGCAGCAGCAACCGCCGCCGCAGCCAAAUAGUAACCUUCCGUCUAAUUCGUUUUACGGGAGUAACUCUCUGACCAACAGCUCUCAGAGCAGCUCCUUGUUUUCCCAUGGGCCUGGCCAACCUGGAAGCGCAUCCCUUGGCUUUGGAAGUAGCAGCUCCUUGGGAGCGGCUAUUGGCUCAGCCCUUGGUGGAUUUGGCUCGUCAGUUGGCAGUUCUGCAAGUAGUAGUGCCACAAGGAGAGAUUCUCUGUCUACUAGCUCUGACUUGUACAAAAGAUCUAGUAGCAGCCUAGCACCCAUAGGGCAGCCAUUUUACAAUAGUCUGGGAUUUUCCUCCUCUCCAAGCCCAAUAGGCAUGCCUCUGCCAAGCCAAACUCCAGGACAUUCACUUACGCCACCGCCAUCACUUUCAUCACAUGGAUCCUCAUCCAGUUUGCAUUUAGGAGGCCUGACAAAUGGCAGCGGCCGCUAUAUCUCUGCAGCCCCGGGAGCGGAAGCAAAAUAUCGGAGUGCCUCAAGCACAUCGAGCCUCUUUAGCUCCAGCAGCCAGCUCUUCCCUCCUUCUCGGCUUCGCUAUAGUAGGUCCGAUAUCAUGCCUUCUGGGCGCAGUAGAUUGCUGGAAGAUUUCAGGAACAAUCGCUUCCCGAACCUGCAGCUGAGAGAUCUCGUUGGACACAUCGUUGAGUUUUCUCAAGAUCAGCACGGUUCUAGAUUUAUACAGCAGAAGCUUGAACGAGCUACUCCAGCUGAGCGGCAGAUGGUAUUUAAUGAAAUUUUACAGGCAGCCUAUCAAUUGAUGACCGAUGUUUUUGGGAACUAUGUAAUCCAGAAGUUUUUUGAGUUUGGGAGCCUGGAUCAGAAACUAGCUUUAGCCACCCGCAUACGUGGCCACGUCCUGCCACUAGCUUUACAGAUGUACGGCUGUCGUGUUAUUCAGAAAGCCCUGGAAUCUAUUUCGCCUGACCAGCAGGUAAUUAACGAAAUGGUAAAAGAAUUGGAUGGCCAUGUUCUUAAAUGUGUGAAAGAUCAAAAUGGAAACCAUGUGGUACAAAAAUGCAUCGAGUGUGUCCAACCCCAGUCGUUGCAGUUCAUUAUCGAUGCUUUUAAAGGACAGGUAUUUGUGCUCUCGACGCAUCCGUAUGGCUGCAGAGUAAUUCAGCGUAUUCUGGAACACUGCACUGCCGAGCAGACGUUGCCUAUCUUGGAGGAAUUACAUCAGCACACAGAACAACUGGUGCAGGAUCAGUAUGGCAAUUAUGUUAUUCAACAUGUGCUGGAACACGGUCGUCCUGAAGAUAAGAGCAAAAUUGUUUCGGAAAUAAGAGGAAAAGUUUUAGCCCUCAGUCAACACAAAUUUGCCAGCAAUGUGGUAGAGAAAUGUGUCACUCAUGCGUCCCGUGCAGAAAGAGCUUUGCUUAUCGAUGAGGUUUGCUGUCAGAGCGAUGGCCCACACAGUGCCUUAUACACCAUGAUGAAGGACCAGUAUGCCAACUAUGUGGUGCAGAAGAUGAUUGACAUGGCUGAACCUGCCCAGAGAAAGAUAAUAAUGCACAAGAUUCGACCCCACAUUUCCACUUUGCGCAAGUACACUUAUGGGAAGCAUAUAUUGGCCAAGUUGGAAAAAUACUACCUGAAAAACAGCGCUGACCUGGGGCCCAUCGGAGGCCCCCCAAAUGGAAUGCUGUAACAGAGGAGGAGAGCGGGAACCACCGUGGCGAAUUCGUGAAAGGAGAUACGUAUUGUGAAUUAUCAAAACACAGCUCGACCCUGAAUAUUCUGAUUUUUUUUUUUUAAAGAAACAUAUUUAUUGACUUUAUUCAUCCAUUUGUAAAUUUUUUAAGGUUCUUGUGUAUAUUUUUGGGGUGUGAAUUACAGAAUCUCCUCAACCCAGGCGGGAGACCUAUCAGAUCGGAUUGCUGGCAAAGCACAGAAUGCCUGUAUAUGAUGUAAUUGUAUCAAAAAAAGCUGUCACAUAUUUUGUAAAUUUUUACCUUGUAAAGUCACUAAAGUAGUUUUUAAAGGGAAAAAGUACAGUAUUCUUUUAAUAAACUGGCUUGCCAUCUGAUAGGUCUACAACCCAAUAGCACAACAGGUUUAUAGAGAUGUAUAUAGAAUUAUAGCCCAUAUUUUUUCCCUUUUGUGUGAAAUCUUUUAUACCAGAUUAACAAUUAACUGCAUAAAUGUUAUUAAUAUUUAAAAAAAAGGUUCAGUUGUGCUUUGAUAAUUCACAACGUAUCUCCCAGAUAAGGCACGGCAAAAUGAGUUGGGGAAAGAGGAGACGAUCCGGUCUGUAAGAAGAAAAAACACCUUCCGUCACGUGCUGUGGAUGUGGUUUUUAUACUGCCCCAAAUGUAUCUGGCCAUGUAUAGAGCUGUUGUAUAUACGUAUAUAUUUAAUUGUUCUAAGAAGUAGAGGAAUAAAGUUAUGGUGAGAUGCUUUGAUCCAACUGAGUGCACUGACCGGAAAGCACCUUAUUAACUUUCCAGUCAGGUUCGCAAUGCGAGAAGAGUGAAGAGUUGUAUUUUGUUUUGCUUAGAGAGUUAUAAAAGCAGGUUGCAGUUGAGUUGAGCGUUUGUUUUGCUUUCUCUCAGUAGAUGCAGAGAGUAGGAACCAGAUCGAGAGGCGAAAGGGGGCCACUGAAAAAUAAACUUGAUAGCUCAACAUUUAAGCAUGAUUACAUAUUCAGAGAGCUUUUUUUGCUUCCUAUAAAUAUAUGCAUCGUAUGUGUGUAGGUAAUAGGUGUAAGUUUACAAUUGGAAAGCAAAUCUUGUUUCAGUGUCGAUUACAAGCCUUGCUAACUUAGUAGUGACGCUUAUCUUGGUUGUACAGAUGUACAUUUGUAAACCUUCAUGCUGUAAAUGAAAUUUGUUUUACCCUUUUAGGGGGGAAAAAAUUGCAUUUUAGUGUACAUUCAUAUCAUCGUUUUUUGCCCCGGCAUAUCGUGUUGUAUAAUGUAAAUUGAUCCAAAUCAAGAGUGGUUUUUUUAAUUUUAUCUUUAUAAGGUUUCAGAACUAUGAACCAGCGUUCCUUUUAUCCUAUAUAAGAGAAGCAUUCUUUGGUUUUAUAACCUAGAUGUUGAUUCUGUUAAUAUGGACAUUCUAGAAAUUGGAUAAAGCUUAAAAUCAGUCAGGGUGUUGUGCAUAGUAAGAAAAGUAUUGGACUGAGAUCUGAUUAUCAUGGAAACCAAUGCUUUUUCCAUCUUAUUAAAAUGUGGCAGGUUUUUUUUUUCUUUGUACAGAAGAGUACUGUAUUUUUGAAUAGCCUGCUCCCAAGUAAGAUCAAGUAUGUAUAAUAUCAGUCGUUUUCUCUGGACAUAUGACAGUGUAACAGUAACAUAAACCUGAUGUACAUUUACAAGCGGCCUUAUGUACAUUUCCCAAUGAUCUUUUUAAGGCAAAAUUGUGACCAUAUGUGUAUAAUUAAAAUCCUUUUUAAUCCUUUGCCUAUGGAAAUAUUUUGGAAAAAAAAUUGCUUUGUAUAUUCAGUUUCUGAAUGAUAAAGUCCUUUGUAUUUUGUUGAAGUCAGUAUUUUGUAUAAAACAUUUAUUUUGGUGACUCAUUUAGGUUUUGUGUUAAAGACUAAAAUGGCGUGCUACCCUGUUCAUUCGAUCAUGUAAAAGAUGGUUUUAUUAGUGCUCUUCAGAAGAAAAGGGACCAUCUGGGAUGCAAUUUUAUGUAAGGGUUUUAUCAUUUAAUUCAUAUCAUGAGCUAAGCACAGCAUAAAGUUGAGGUACUGGGUUUUUUUUUUUGUCUUUAAAAUUUUAGCCUUGUUAAUCGAAAAAUAUUCCUUGGUGAAGAGAUUAAUGUUACCAACUUUAACCUGCAUAUCAGACUCUUCUCAUAUCUACACUGGCAAACACAUACAGAUUUCCCCGGUGACUCUUCGCUACAUAAAGCUCAUCGUGGCAUGAGUCUUUAAAGAAAUCUUUUCUGCACCGGGAGGCUCUCUGAGAGUGAGACCUUUUGUCUUAAGGGCCAGCCCGAAAGGUUCAGGAUUACGCUCCCUUGAAUUGGGACCGGCAGUGAUCUCGUCCAUUCCCACCAGCUCUUGAUUUCAGUUUUAAAAACCUCCCCCGGAAACCCUAUCGACAAACAACCCCAGCACCGACAGUAGAGUCCGGAGGGCCGACGUGGCUCUGACGCUGCAGUGGGAACCUGGGGGAGUGGACACGUUUACUAGAGAUAGGCAUUCUCUUCAGCCCAAAUACCUACAAGCUCUCUCUCCCCGACAGUCCUCGUUUCCUACCGAUCUCUUCCGGAAGAAUCGUAAACGUAAAUCUCAAUGCCGCAAGACUCAUUCGUUGGCUUAUCCCUCCUCUCUCUCCCCCUGCCCCUCAGUCCCUCUCAUUCCUUUUGGAAAUAUUUUAGCAUAGUGUCUUUUAGUAAAAUAUGAACAUCAAGCUUUUCCAAAAUGAAGGAAAUACUGUAUAUUGUUUGGGCAGAACCACUAGGCUUUUGCAUUUGAGUGUGAUAUGCAUUUUGAUAUGGAUUGUUUAUGGACCAGUUUGUCUAGUUUGAUCAGUCCUAGCUCCUAUUGGUUCAUAUGGAAUAAUGUUGUUAUAUUCACUUAUUUGUAUAUUCUGUAUAAACAAGAAAAUGAAAAUGUGUGAAUAACAUUGUAUGAAAUAAA